AUGGAAGCGAUGUCUUUAGUUCAAAGGUAUGAGAAACCUAAUGUGUUUUUGACAAUGACAUGUAAUCCAAAUUGGCCCGAAAUAAAACAUGAAUUGAGACACAAUAAUGAAAUACAAAAUAGGCCAAAUUUGUUGGUGCGAAUAUUUCGGGCGAGGCUUGAAGAACUAAAGAUAGAUUUGGUUAAGAGAAAGUUGCUGGCUCCUAUAGUUGCAUAUGUUUAUGUCAUUGAAUUUCAAAAAAGAGGAUUACUUUAUGCUCAUUUUCUUUUAAUAUUUAAACCAAAUUUUAAGAUUAAAAAUUCUUUACAAGUUGAUGAAAUAGUUUCGUGUGAAAUACCAGACAAAAAUAAAUACCCUCAUUUACAUUCAACUGUUGUAAAAUAUAUGAUGCAUGAUCCUUGUGGGGAAUUGAAUCUAAAGAAUGUUUGCAUGGAGAAAAAUGAUGUAUGUAAAAAUAAAUACCCAAGAGAAUUUGUCCAAUAUACUUCAUUAGGUAAUGAUUCCUACCCGCAUUAUAAACGUCGUAAUGAUGGUGUAACUGUUAAAGUAAGAGGCUGUAUGUUGGACAAUAGAUGGGUUGUGCCAUACAAUCCUUAUAUUCUAGCUAAAUAUGAUUGUCAUAUUAAUCUAGAGGUAUGCUCUUCUAUUAAAGCUAUUAAAUAUCUAUACAAGUACAUAUAUAAGGGUCACGAUCAUAUCCAUUUUACUGUGAAUAAAGAAACAAAUGAACACUUUGUUUAUGAAAUUACAAACUACCAAACGGCUAGAUGGAUUUCCCCACCUGAAGCUAUGUGGAGGAUAUUUAGUUUUGAUUUAUUCGAUAUGUCUCCUGUAGUGAUUUGUUUACAGUUGUAUACUGAAGAUGCUCAAAUGGCUACAUAUAAUGAAAGUGAUGAUUUAUCAAAAGUUAUAAAUAGAGAAUUUAUUCAUCGAACAAUGUUAACUGAAUUCUUUAAGAUGAAUAUUUCAGAUGAAAAGGCAAGAAAUCUCCUGUACAAAGAAUUUCCCACAUAUUUUGUCUGGAAUGCAUUUAUGCGAAUUUGGACUCCUAGAAAAAAGAAAAAUGUUAUGGGUAGAAUAGUCGCUGCUAAUCCAUCCGAGGGUGAACGAUAUUUUUUGAGAGUUUCACUAAAUCAUAUUAAAAGGCCAAAAUCUUUUGAAAAUUUAAGAACUGUCAAUGGUGUCAUUUUAUCUACUUAUCGUGAGGUGGCAGUUUUAUAUGGUCUUCUUAGUGGAAAUAACUAUUUUGAGAGUUGUUUAACUGGAGCAGUUGUUUACCAAAUGCCAAUAUUAUUGCGUCGACUAUUUGCUAAUGUGUUGACUCUAUGUUGUCCUGCAAAUCCAAGAAAUUUAUGGGAUAAAUUUAAGGGUUUUAUGAUGGAAGAUUAUUUACAUAACGGUAUAUCACAACAGAAUGCUAAGAUGAGAGCUUUGCAUUAUAUAAAUUCUUUCUUGAAAGGUGUUGGUAAAAAUGUGACUGAUUUUGGCUUGGUAGAUUUUAAUUUGAAUGUGACUAAUGAUGAUAGCUUUCAAACCAUGAUUGCCGAAGAAAUGACAAAUAUUAAUGUUGAGUCGGACAUAAAUUAUAAUAAAAGUCUAAAUAGAAAGCAACAGAAUGCGUAUGAUAUAAUUUUGGAUUGUGUUUUGAACGAUAAGAAUGGAAUGUUUUUUAUUGAUGGCCCAGGUGGCACUGAAAAAAUAUACUUAUACAAGGCGUUACUUGCUGCUAUAAGAUCACGAAAUCUUAUUACAUUAGUAACAACAUCAUUUGGUAGAGCUGCGUCUUUAUUACCGAUUGGUCGAACAGGACAUUCAUGA